AAUCCGGUCACAUCAGUCGAGUACAGUGACUCCGAGGAGACACUUGCCGGUUGCAUUUAUUUGGCAAAAGAGCCUUGUAGGGUCAACUUUUUAUUUUUUUAUAACUUUGCAUAUUUCCACCGUCCAUUUACAACAUACUUAUCAUCUUAGUGCAUUCGAGGCAACGUUUCCGGUUUGUUGCAUCUUGACACACACAACCAGGAAGGUGGAGGUGUUUCUGAUACACUACACAAAAGAAGCUUCGAUCGUCCGUCGUCAAAUAAGGCGCGUGCUUAGCCAAAAUCCCUUUUAUCCAGGCUUAACAAGGCUCAACAAUUCUGAAAAGCCUCGCUAAAUUGGGAUAAUAUCAGAUCAGUUUUUUACUCGCAAUACUCGGACUUCGUAAACCUUUGCAUCGUGGACGCGUUCAAAUUAUACUGAUAACCUUCGGUCACCUGUGGAUGAGAAAGAAGAAGCUUUGUUUGGGAACGAUAAGGCCCAUAUAGCCGUCGAGCGAUCUCUGGCAGUGAUAUACGACACAUACUCUUACCGUACUCAUCAAUCAAAAUAUUUUUAAAAAAAGCCAAAACGAGCUCACAAUAAGCUAGCUACUACUGAUAGCUGAUUCGGUAUGACGCGUGGCGUUUUGUUGCUUUGCCGAAGCGCAUGUGGGGGUAACUCAAUCCUCCAGGUGCCAACGAAGCCCACGCAUCCGCUGCGUCUGUUCAGCGGGAGCGUUAAACUACUCCAGAAGGAUGGCAAACCGGCCACGGCCAUCACCGGUAUUCCGUACAAAAACCUCGUUAUUGGUGUUCCCAAGGAAAGAUGGACCAACGAGAGGCGUGUUGCCAUCACUCCUGCUGUUACGGCCACUUUGGUUAAGAAAGGCUUCAAUGUUAACGUAGAAGCUGGAGCGGGUGUGGAGGCUAAAUUUCGCGACAAUGAUUACAUUUCAGCUGGAGCCAAAAUUGUAGACCAAACUCAGGCUUUCCAGUCAGAUAUCGUUCUCAAAGUGAGGCAGCCGAGCGAUAAUGAAAUUCCUGUGUUAAAAGAGAACUCCACCCUGAUUUCCUUCCUGUAUCCCACGCAAAAUAAGGAUUUGAUCGGGAAACUUUCCCAGCGAAAGAUCACGGCUUUUGCUAUGGAUGCCAUUCCACGUAUUUCGCGAGCGCAAGUAUUCGACGCUUUAUCUUCGAUGGCCAAUAUUUCCGGUUACAGAGCGGUGAUAGAAGCUGCCAAUCAUUUCCCUAGGUUUUUUACGGGUCAAAUCACUGCCGCCGGAAAAGUGCCACCGGCUAAGAUUCUCGUCAUUGGAGGCGGUGUAGCGGGUCUGGCCGCCAUUGGCCAAGCACGUGGAAUGGGUGCCAUUGUGCGUGCGUUCGAUACCCGACCAGCCGUUAAGGAGCAGGUAGAAAGCAUGGGAGCCGAAUUCCUAACGAUUAACAUCGAAGAAGAUGGAUCAACCGCUGGCGGUUACAGUAAAGAAAUGAGCAAGGAGUUCAUUGAGGCUGAAAUGGAUCUGUUCGCAAAGCAGUGUAAAGAAGUGGACGUCAUAAUUUCAACUGCCUUGAUUCCUGGCAAGAAAGCUCCGACACUCAUAACAGAAGAAAUGAUCAAGUCCAUGAAACCCGGUAGUGUUGUGGUAGAUUUGGCUGCUGAAGCUGGAGGAAACAUUGCCACUACGGUUCCGGGUGAAGUUAAGGUCAUCCACGAUGUAGUCCAUAUUGGAUUGACAGACUUUCCAAGUCGUCUACCAACUCAAAGCUCAACGCUUUACGCUAAUAACAUUUCAAAGUUUCUGCUUUCAAUUGGUGAAAAGGACCAUUUCGAUAUCCGGAUGGAUGAUGAAGUUGUCCGUGGAAGUAUUGUUCUACAAAACGGUAAUUUAAUGUGGCCUCCUCCAGUAAUUGCAGUAUCUGCCAAACCACCACCAGCAGUAGCAGCAGCUGCAUCUCCUGCCAAGAAAGCCGAACCAGCUCCUCCGAAUUCAUUCAAUGAUACACUACAGAACAGUCUGCUUUAUACUUCUGGCUUUGGAGGUCUUUUGGGUUUGGGUGCAAUCUCUCCAAAUCCGGCAUUUACUACGAUGAUGACCACGUUUGCCAUGUCCGGUAUCGUUGGUUAUCACACAGUAUGGGGUGUAACUCCGGCUUUGCAUUCUCCAUUGAUGUCCGUUACGAAUGCCAUCUCUGGAAUAACAGCAGUCGGUGGAUUACUUCUGAUGGGAGGUGGUGUUAUGCCCAGCAACACAAUUGAAACAUUAGCAGCGAGUGCGGCUUUGAUAUCGUUCAUCAAUAUCUUUGGAGGAUUCCUAGUCACACAGCGUAUGUUGGAUAUGUUCAAAAGACCGACUGACCCGCCAGAGCACAAUUAUCUGUACGGAAUUCCCGCUGCUGUAUUUUUGGGAGGCUACGGACUAGCAGCUCUUCAGCAGAUGCCCGAAAUUCAUCAGAUGGCAUACCUAGCGUCUAGUUUGUGCUGUAUCGGCGCCUUGGUUGGAUUGUCAUCUCAAAAGACUUCACGUUUGGGCAAUACUCUUGGAAUGAUUGGAGUUACUGGGGGUAUCGCCGCUACUCUUGGUCAUAUGGCACCAAGUACUGAGGUUUUGAUGCAGAUGGGAGGCGUUGCUGGUAUUGGUGGACUUUUGGGUUCGAUCAUCGCUAAACGAAUCCAGAUCACUGAUCUUCCUCAGUUGGUAGCUGCCUUCCACAGUCUGGUGGGUGCGGCUGCUGUGCUCACCUGUGUAGCUACUUACAUGCAUGAUUUUCCUACGUUGGCUACCGAUCCAGCUGCUAACGUUUUGAAGACCGCUCUGUUCUUGGGAACCUAUAUCGGAGGAGUCACAUUUAGUGGUUCGUUGGUGGCCUACGGAAAGCUACAGGGUAUUCUGAAUUCAGCUCCCCUGCUUCUACCAGGACGGCACAUGAUCAACGCUGGUUUAUUGGCCGGUAAUUUGGGAGCCAUGGGAAUGUUCUAUAUGGAGCCCACCAUGGCCGGAGGUCUUGGUUUGCUGGGAACCACUGCUGCUUUAUCAACUGCUAUGGGAGUCACUCUUACAGCAGCUAUUGGCGGUGCCGAUAUGCCAGUUGUCAUUACGGUUUUGAACUCUUACUCAGGAUGGGCCCUUUGUGCUGAAGGGUUCAUGCUCAACAACAACCUUAUGACCAUCGUUGGAGCUUUGAUUGGCUCAUCUGGUGCCAUUCUAUCCUAUAUCAUGUGCAAAGCUAUGAACCGGUCCCUUCCUAACGUUAUUUUGGGUGGUUAUGGUACCUCGUCCACCGGAGGAGGAAAACCGGCAGAGAUUGUAGGAACUCACACCGAAGUCAACGUUGAUGGUGUCAUUGAGAUGAUCAAUAACUCCAAGAACAUUAUAAUCACCCCUGGAUACGGACUGUGUGUGGCAAAGGCUCAGUACCCAAUUGCUGAAAUGGUGAAUGUUUUGAAGUCCCGCGGUAAAAAAGUUCGUUUCGGUAUUCAUCCAGUGGCCGGACGUAUGCCUGGUCAGUUGAACGUGCUUCUUGCUGAGGCUGGAGUACCAUACGAUGAUGUGUUGGAGAUGGAAGAAAUCAACGACGACUUCUCCGAAACUGACUUGGUGCUGGUAAUUGGAGCAAACGAUACUGUGAACAGUGCCGCUGAGGACGAUCCGAACUCGAUUAUUGCGGGAAUGCCUGUUUUGCGUGUAUGGAAGGCCGAUCAGGUUGUUGUAAUGAAACGUUCACUUGGUGUUGGAUAUGCUGCGGUCGACAAUCCAAUUUUCUACAAACCAAACACUUCUAUGCUGCUGGGCGAUGCCAAGAAGACCUGCGAUGCACUUUUGGCUAAGAUCAAGGAAUAAAGAAGACAUUUUGCAUUAAGUAUUCAUGCAUUGCAGAUGUAGAUUGAUCUUUUAUCUUAAUUUUUAACGAAAGUGUUCGAAUUGUUUGUGAUCGGUGCCAUUUGUUACGAACUUCUGAUCAUUGUAAAUAUAUGAAAAGAUGGUUGUUUACUUUUAA